ACGCACGCCUGGAUUGCCUCUUUCCUCUCCAUGUCCGGAUAGAAGCUGGCGCGUAAGAGGAGACAGGACACCGAACAUCAGAAACGGAGGCUUGCAGCGGCCUGUUUCAACCCGGAACGUUUAGUUAGACGUCCCAGCCUGCAGACUUCCGGUUCCGGUUUUUGGACUCUCCUGACUGCCUUCGCUAUGGAAGAACCUGAGAUGCAACUGAAGGGAAAGAAAGUCACAGACAAGUUCACUGAGAGCGUCUAUGUGCUGGCCAACGAGCCAUCAGUGGCACUGUACCGGCUACAGGAGCAUGUGCGCCGCUCGCUGCCAGAGCUGGCCCAGCACAAGGCCGAUAUGCAGCGGUGGGAGGAGCAGAGCCAGGGCGCCAUAUACACCGUGGAGUAUGCCUGCAGCGCUGUGAAGAGCCUGGUGGACAGCAGCGUGUACUUCCGCAGCGUGGAAGGCCUGCUCAAACAAGCCAUCAGUAUCCGGGACCACAUGAACACCAGUGCCCAGGGCCACAGCCAGGAGAAACCGACCCCUCCUUCCUUGGCCUGACCCUGAUCCUGGAAGACUUGGGGCCACCAGCCUUCCCACCCAGGCGGAGGCCUGCCUACUAUGCCCAACCAUUCAGCUGCUGUGUGGCCUUGAGACUGUACCCUCACUUCUCUGGUCUUCAACAUUUUCCUCAUGUUAAACAUGGCUCAUUCAGCUGAGGCCAGUAAGGGCUGGGUGUGCAUCGUGAGAGCUGCAUCAGUGUGCGAGAGAAACACUCAAAAUCCUACCACCUCACAGUACUGUAAACUGACUAGCCCCUGCCGCUGCUCCAGGCUGCACACAGCUAGGUGCUUCCUCUGGCCUUUGCCUGUUGCUAUGGCCUGGGGACUGGGUGGGUCUUCUCACCCCCUCAAGCAGAGGGCCUCAUCCAUGGGACCCGCUGGUGCUGAGCAUCUUCUGCUGCAGAGGCCUCGGGCUUGGAUGGAGACUGGCUCCCAGCCCCGGAGCCUGGGGCAGCAGGGGGUGCUUCCUGACCUGUACAGUGAGCACCCCUCAAGCUCCUUGGGUAGCAGGCACUUACGGGCCACCAGUCAGUGGGCAUUUACUGAGGCCCUCAGCUUGCCAGGUUUCAUUGCUUGUCACCCCCACAAGAGAUGAGCCAUUCUUUCCUGGGGAGUCCCAUGGGGAAUCUGGGAGGACCCAAAGCUAGAAGGGCUCGCAGGUUUGUGCACUGUGACCCUAUCAACCGUAGGUGCAUUUGCAGUGUUCAUUUUUAAGCUCUUUUAUUUGGGGUUCCUUAAAGCUUCUCCCUACCCUAAGUAGGAGCGAAGGUUAGUGGGAAGAGGGGCACAAAGGCCUUUACCUCUCCUGGCUGUCUAGGGUCUAUGGGUUCUUCAGCAGCAGCAAACGCAGAAAGCAGUCUCCGAGCCCUGCGCCCCAAAGCAUCUCUCUUCCCUGUCUUUGGUCUCUCCAAACCGCCACCCACCACCACCACCGCACUGCCUCUUUCUGUGCCCCACAUUUAUAUUCUCAGGGUCCUGGACCACACCCGUUUACAUGCCUGAAGAGGCAGGCGUUUACCAGCUGUCAAAGGCCAUUCCCCAACAGGAGACAGUUAUGAGCCGUGGACGUACUAAAGCCUAACUAAAACCUCACACUUGGAUUAAAACAAAAACAUAUUUACAUAACAUAACUGAGUUUACAAAGACACCAAAACUCGCAUUUCGUGCAUUCCUGCUCCCAGCCCAGCCCACAGCCGGACAUGCUCAAGAGUACCCUCUGUCUGUGGCUGUCUCCUGCGCUGCUCACCCUGUGGUACCCUGGGCUCCUCAGCUCAGUCUCAUCUGCAGACUUGUUUACCUGCCUGGGAUUGCGUCCCUCUGUCCCCAGAGCUACUCUCGGAGUAACCUUCAUGGGGUCAGCUCCUCUUUGACUGUCUAGUCCCAAGACCCUCAGCACAGCCAGCCCCAGCUCCAGCCUGCAGGUGCCUGGAUUCACAUGCUGGCCUUCUGACCAUAGCUCCCCGUCUCCCAGUCCUGCCAGAAGCGGCUCCUUGGACACCACAUUGAGAAUGCGGCAAGAACUGAAGACCUAGCAAGAUGGCCAGUGCCUGCUGCCUUGGGGCUCAGCCAUAAUUGUCCCCCUUGGUUAUGAACUAGGGUCCAAGAGCACCCCAUGACAAUCCUGGUGCAAAUACACUUAGUGUCCAGUGUCCUCUU